CGAGCCAUCGCCGCCGCCGCAAACACUGUUUCCGUUAAGUGAAGCGGCGGCGCGGCGGGCGGGGGGCUCGUUUCUUGCGGCGGCGACUUCGUGCUGUGCGUGCGGCCGCCGGCCGUGACCAGGUUUGCCUCUCAGCUCGCCGCAAACCCUCUUUCCGGGGAGAAACGGCGUCGGCGACACCGGCGCAGCGAGUGGAGCGGCCGCCGGUCCAAUCCCAGAUUUCGGUGAGGUCGCAGGUUCGUCAUGUCGUCGUUCGCCGGCGUAACUGUCCUCGACGGAAACAACCGGUGCCAUUGCGAAAUGUCGGGCGUCCACGCCAGCACCGAUGUGGACACCGGGUACCACCUGCUCAUCAUCAAGGCCUGCUCGCGUAUCAAUGGGUUGGUGCCCACCGGCCAGAACAUCACCUGUGGUCCUUUUGUAAUAGGAGGCCAUGAGUGGGUGCUCGACUAUUACCCUAAUGGCGAGAACCCGAGCUGCGCUGACUACAUUUCUGUCUAUCUAACCCUUCUCUAUGAUGCCGAUGUCGACCGAGAGGAGCCCGUGGAGGCCAAGUUCAGUUUCAGUCUCAUCAACCAGGUUGAGAAGCAGAUGCCAGUGUACAUUCGUGGAACUAAGACUUACAGCUUCUCCAGCAGUGCUCCAAUGUGGGGCAUCAGCAAGUUUGUGAGAAGAGAUGUCCUUGAGCAGUCCAUGGAUAUGGCAUGUGAUUGUUUUACCAUCCGGUGCGACAUCAUGGUUUGCGAGGACCCCAAAACUAAGGAUGAUGCCGGUGGCACCCUGCCUGACAUACACCAGCAUUUUAGCAAUCUUCUUGAUAAUAAGUUGGGUGCUGAUGUCACAUUUGAGGUCGGCGGUGAGACGUUCGCCGCACACCGGUGCGUGCUUGCAGCCCCCCGUUCCACCGUGUUCAGGGCACAACUCUUUGGCCCCAUGAAGGAGGGCACUGCCACGUCCAGCAUCAUACAGAUCAAAGACAUGGAAGCAGAAGUGUUCAGGGCUUUGCUUAGCUUCGUUUACACAGACUCAUUCCCUGAGAUGUACAAGGACAUCAUGGAGGAGAAUCGCAUGAUAGUUUCUGAGGAACAAGAACAAGCAGAUGAAGCUGUAGAUGAUGAAAUGUCAGAAACGCGUGAAAUGGAGCUGCAGUGGCUGCACGACUUGUUGGUAGCGGCAGACCGAUAUGAUCUCCAGCGGCUCAAGUUCAUCUGUGAAAAGCGGAUAUCUGAGCGCAUAGGUGUGAGCUCGGUGGCGUCCUCUCUUGCUCUAGCAGAGAAGCACCGUUGUCGUGGAUUGAAAGAGGCGUGCUUGGAGUUUAUUCAAGUCCAGUCUCCCUCGCGUUUGAAGAGAGUAAUGGCGACUAGUGGCUGGGAGCAUAUAAUGAUGACCUAUCCCUCUGUUCUGAACGAGUUCAUUGCCAAGCUUAUUUCUUCAAAGCGGAAGUAACACUCACUAUGCAUAUAUAUGGUACGCAUGUUCCUUUGACCUCAAGUGACACAAAGCUGCAUAUACGGGAUCCUCUGGAGUGAUGGUAGUCUGUGUGUGUGUGUGUCUUGCUUUUAUCUCUUCAUUCAUUGUAAAACUUCCCUAUAUGCUGAACGUGAAGAAUCCAACACAUGGACAAACUGUCUCUUCAUGGAAUGGAUAGAUUAUAAAUUCAGGUGUAAGCAUCAACAUUGAUCUUUAUCACAGCAAUGUGGCUAGUCUUUUAA